AUGUCAUCGUCAACUUCGAAGCCGAUGGGAGGAGGAGCUUCGGGAGAUAGAGUAUCAGUUUCAAAGUCCUCUUCAGGUGCAAAAGAGAAAAUUCCUUUAUCGACUCAUCUGAUCGCUGGUGGUGUAGCCGGUUUGUCAGAAGCUAUCGUUUGUCAUCCCCUUGAUACCAUCAAAGUUCGAAUGCAAUUGAGUAAAUCUAGAAAGUUAAAAGGUCUUAAACCACUAGGGUUUUUCGCUACAGGAAGACAAAUCGCUGCUCGAGAAACACCAUUAGGUUUAUAUAAAGGCUUAGGAGCUGUCAUUUCAGGUAUUGUACCGAAGAUGGCUAUUCGAUUUGCAUCUUUCGAAAUGUACAAAGGAUGGUUAUCUUCUCCUGAUGGAAAGAUCAAUCCAUCAGCUACUUUCUUGGCUGGACUAGGAGCAGGUGCAACUGAAGCUGUAGCCGUGGUCACUCCUAUGGAAGUUAUAAAAAUCAGAUUACAAGCUCAACAACAUUCUUUGGCGGAUCCAUUAGAUAUCCCUCGAUAUAGAAACGCGGCACAUGCAGCAUUCACAAUAGUCCGAGAAGAAGGAUUUACAACUUUAUACAGAGGAGUCUCUUUGACAGCUUUGAGACAAGCUACUAAUCAAGGUGUAAAUUUUACCGCUUAUCAACAAUUCAAAAAAUGGGCAAUGGAUUUUCAACCUAUUUAUAAAGAAUCAAAUUCUUUACCCAGUUGGCAAACUAUGAUCUUGGGUUUGAUAUCAGGUGCAAUGGGUCCUUUCUCAAAUGCUCCUAUUGAUACGAUAAAAACACGUAUCCAAAAAGCUUCUCAUGUUCCAGGAGAAACGGCAAUGUCAAGACUCGUAAUGGUAACAACAGAUAUGUUCAAAAAUGAAGGUGCAAAAGCUUUCUAUAAAGGUAUAACACCAAGAGUAUUGAGAGUAGCUCCAGGUCAGGCUAUCGUAUUUACCGUUUACGAAAGAGUAAAGAAGAUGAUCGAUUAUGCCAAGGGUUCAAACCUUGGUGCAGAGUAUGAAGAAUAA